CUGGGCCUUUCGCGCUCAUUGUUCUCCCACCAGAAUGGCCACGCCAAUCCCUUCGAUAGAGCCCUUGAGGGUCGCAACGCCUCUGAUCCCCAUGUCGUCACCUCAGCCUGCAGAGCCCGCGACAACGCUUCAAGUACCAGGACAACAUCUUGAUGGGUCAAGCGAAGAGCGCAGGCCGCGAAGUGCUAGGAUCCAGAAUAACCCAAGCCAGAAUGUCAGUCGAGCGCCAUCCUCUCGACCCCCCUCGGCGCUCUUUCCUCAUACGCAGAUUCGGUUUGAAGACGCUGACUUCAACCGUCCACCCGAUCUCAACUACUCACUUCGUCCUAGAAAGAAGGCGAUCUCCAUUUUCUGGACCCUGAUUGUCUUGGACUGCGUAGCUUUGCCUAUUGCCUUAUACUUUGGUCUCUGGUAUGGAACUGGGUUAUCACCAAAUGCAGUCUUUAGCAUCAGCACUGGAGCUCUCGGAACUGUCUCGAUUGUCGAGUAUUUCAUCCGGUUUCGUCGGCUGUGGAGGAAGAACUCGAACUGCCGAGUCAUAGGAGCGAAGCGAUUUUACCUAGACUGGUUUCACUGGAACCUUUCUGUCGGAUGGUUCUUUGUCAUGAUUGAGCUGAUCGUUGGCACUAUCCCACGAAACCCUCCAAUUCGCCUUCUUGCCCUACCGGCCUCGACCAUGUGCUUCGCCAUUGGCUGCGAACUUCUUAUUGUCGAUAUUCUUCGGUUUGUGGGUGUCCCAGCCCCUUGCCGAAUCUCCUCGCUUCCCAUGGGGGCUCCGCUUCGCCCAGGGAUCUACGCAUACAUUGAGGACGUUUGUGCUGUUGAUGGUUCGGGCGGUACCGAGUUCCGACAGAGGCUCAAUCUCCGUUAUCAAGCUAGCAAAGUUUUCCGUGAGAUGUUACACCGUUUGACCCUUUUCUGGGCUGCCGGUGCCAUCGGGAUCGCAGCAGUCACCACCGCAAUUAUUUUCACCAUUCAAAAGGAUGCUGCCUAUGUAGUCGGCUGGACUGUACCAUUCAUUUGGGCUGGCGUCUGGACUGUCGUUACAAUCCCAUGGGUUCAGAGGACCCUGAAAAUUGAAUAUGCUGGGUGGCAACACGCAAAGUGGAAGCCUUGAAUGCCUCCUUUUUUUGUGGCUGAAAUAUUCUUGUAUUACAAAGAGCAUAGCGGUGGCGUUGGGGAUAUUGUGGAACUGGAUCAUUCAGACUAAAGAUUGUUGGUUAGAACAUAUUGAUUUUCCUUCAGUGCAAUGGAUGGAUAUUGCACCUUGGAGAAUGUUGAAAUGUUUGAUGCCGGGAGAUUGUUGCAUGUCACCAUAAGACUAACCUGAAUUGCACCCCUAAGAUUACUGCGUUCCUUAAAACAGGCAUUUUAGAGGUCAUGGCUAUAUUUCG